AUGGAAGGAGAAGUGCAGUCUCAGGACAUUUUAGCGAUCUCCUUCAAGAGCCAAAGCUAUGGAUUCGUGUUUUAUACAACCCGCGAUGGCUCAGUCUCAAUUUCGGAGUCAAAUUCCGCAAAUUUCGGAAUGAAUUUCGAAAAAAUUAUUCACAGAUAUAAUCCGUCCAUCAUUUGUAUGCAGCCAAACAUAGAUAACGCCAUUGCCACUAUCAUUAAAGACGUCAAAGAUACAGAAAUCCAAGUUCUCGAGCAAAACGAUUUUAACUACCAGAAUGGCAUUGAUUCCAUGGCCCAAAUACUCUUUACAGUUCCAUCAGACGAACAGGAUUCUGUCCGCCAGUCUGUCCUUUCCGGAAUUGUUAAUCUCCAGUCAAAGCCAAUCGUCGCUGCCAUCGGAGCUCUUGUAAACUUCACAAAUAAAAAAUACCAAAGUCCACCUAUCGUUUCCGUGUUUUCCAUGAUGGAAAUAAGCAAUGGAUUAGUUCUCAGUUCGAAAGCAAUGUCCGAUUUGCAGAUAAUCAAGCAAGAACUACAUCCUUCCAUUCAUCAAAUGACUUCCAUCAAAGAAGGGGUGUCACUUUUUACUUUACUUAAUCGUUGUUCCACAAAGAUGGGUAAAGACAGAUUGAAAGACUUGUUCACGAACAUACCAAAUGAUAUCAACCAAAUAAACCAGAGACAUGAUAUCUUAGAAGAGUUCACAAAGCCAGAAUUCCAUCCAAUGGUAAAUGAACUUGUUAACAAGAUGAAAAACGUGACAGAUGUUACAAACAUCAUCCAAAACGUGAAGAAAGGAACAAUGAAAACAAAACUUUGGUCAUCACUCGCAAAGUCUCUCUCGGCUGCUGCAAAUUUUUGUAAAUUUACUUUACAAAAUACGUUACCAGAAAACCUGACACGUCACUUUUCCAUUACUGAUAAACUUGUCAAUCUUUUAGAGAGUUUAUCGCAGCAAAUAGAGAUGACAAUUGAUUUUUCAAAGGUUGCAGAAGUUUACAUCAAUGAUGAUUACGAUCAAGAGUUAACUCGAUUGAGGAAGAUUUACAAGAACUUGGAUAAUCUUCUCAACGAAAAGGCAGUUGAACUGAUAGAUGAUCUCCCCCUCAAAUCUCCAAUUCUAUCGUUAAGUGUCGUAUACCUUCCACAAAUCGGUUUUCUGACAAUGUGUCAAAAAGAAGGUCUGAAAAGAGAAGAUUUGCCAAACGGUUAUUUGUUAUCUUUCGAAACUGACAGUCACUUUUACUGCAAGAAUGAGAUGAUGAACGAGCUUGACAGAAACUACGGAGAUAUAUACGGAGAUCUCCAAAAGAGAACGAUAAAAAUAAUUGUCAAGCUUUCAAAUAGAAUUUUAAGUCAUUCUCAUGAACUGUCAGAGCUUUACAAGUUCAUUGGCGAAGUUGAUUUAUAUUGUUCUCUUGCAGUUGUCUCUGUCGAAGGACAUUGGAUCAGACCAACAUUUUCUGAUAAAAAUGAGAUGAAAAUUGUUGGCGGAAGACAUCCUUUACUUGAAAAACUGACACCAACUGAUUUCAUUCCAAAUACUAUUGAAUUUGGUAGUGACAAACCAAAGAUAAUAGUGAUAACUGGUCCAAAUGGAAGCGGCAAAUCAGUUCUUCUCAAGCAAACGGCAAUAAUUGUUUUCCUUGCAAGUAUUGGUUGUUUUGUUCCAUGUCAGUUUUGUGAGUUACCUCAAAUUGACAAAAUCAUCCCUGUUUUCCACAAUGGAGGUGCUUCUGAACCUUUUUCGAGUGGUUUCUAUGAUGACUUGAAGAUGCUCAGUGAAAGCAUCAGGAAAUCAACAAAUAGAACACUCAUCUUGGUCGAUGAAUUCGGAAAGACAUCAAAUAAAGAUGAUGGGGCAUCUCUUUUGGCUGGUUUCAUCAGAUCAAUGUCAGAUAGAGGUGAAAUGUCACCUUUUGUCAUUAUAUCCACGCAUUUCAGGGAUAUUUUGAAGGAAAAUGUGAUUGACAACAAACUGUUCAUCAGAAUGACGAUGUCUGUUGAUUGUUUGUUGUCGAAAGACGAAUUACUUUUCCUUUACAAAGCUGUUUUGGGAGAAGAUGAAAAAUCUUUCGGAUUCGAAUGUGCAAAAAGAGGUGGAUACCCUCCAGAAUUAGUCGAAAGAGCAAAAAUCGUCUGCAAAUCUCUGAAAGAAGGAACUGAUGUUCCUGAAAAUCCUCUAAUUGUCGACAGGGAAAUGGAUAUGAAAAUGAAAAGAGCUUUGAAGAUUUUCUUCGAUUGGAAUGAAAACUCAGACCCAAGAGCUCUUAUAGCAACAAUCGAAAGCAUCUUCUCUGAUCAUUGA